UUAUAAUAGGUUGAUAUUAUAACGUAGUUUUGUAAAUCAGUUAUAAUAUGAUACGUAAUGGCAAACUUGUAAAUAAGUGUAAGAUCUAUUAUAACGUAUUUUUCUAAAUCCAUUAUAAUAUGAAACACAAUGAUAAUCUUGUAACUAAGUUCAUAGACUAUUAUAACGAAGUUUUAGAAAUCCGUUAUAAUAUCUUCUCCUCUCCCACUCUUCGUGAUACUCCUCCCUUCUGAUGCUUUGAGUUUAGUAUAAUUUUUUAUAUGUAUAUAGUUUAAUAACUAUAACAAACUUUAACAAUUGUUUUCAAUUUAUUUAAUCGCAACAACAACUUUGAAAAUAAAAUGUUGUCAUAACAUGUGAACACGUAGUUUGUUUGUUGGUACAGAUCUGAAGGGCCCAACCCAAGAGGUGGCAUGGAUUGAAUCCCAAAAACCCGCCAUUCUCUCUUCAUUCUUUUUCAUUUCCUUCUCACUGUUCUUUCUUUGCACUCUAUCUCGUCUAAACCCUUCAAUUGCUACUUUCUCUUACUCAAUCCACACCCAGUCAUGUAUGGCGGUGACGAAGUAUCAGCCAUAGUAAUAGACCUNGGUUCGCAUACAUGCAAAGCCGGUUAUGCUGGCGAAGAUGCUCCCAAGGNCGUUUUCCCCUCUGUUGUUGGUGCAAUUGAUCAAAUGGACAUUGAUGGACCUGUUCAUGCUGGAGUGUCAUCUGGAUCUGCUGUGGAUUUACAGAUCAAUAAAAAAAAUCAUGAAUCUGACAGAACCAAGGAAAAAUGUAAACUUUAUAUAGGAUCUCAGUCUUUGGGAUACCGUCGAGACUAUAUGGAGCUGCUCUCACCAUUGAAGAAUGGAGUUAUUGUUGACUGGAAUAUUGUUGACAACAUAUGGGAUCAUGCUUUGAGGGAAUGCCUCUUAGUUGAUCCUAAAGAGCGUCCAAUGCUACUUGCCGAACAAUGUUCCAACACUCAAGAACAGAGAGAAAGGGCAGCAGAACUUAUGUUUGAAAAAUAUAAAGUACCAGCAUUGUUUUUGGCGAAGAAUGCGGUUCUCACAUCUUUUGCAUCAGGGCGUGCUACCUCGUUAGUUGUUGAUAGGUAUGAGAUUUUUUAAGCUGAUGGCAAAUACUUUGGUUCUGUGUUGAUGAUAAUGUUCAAUAGAAUGGCCAGAUUGGGUACUUG